AAUACGCCCCCCCCCUUCCGUCUGAUAAAUCACAGUGGAGCGAAUGUGCGAGAUAACCCGAAUAGCCUCCGUCUGUCAGUCGCAGCGCUCCUCCUUGUCCGUCGAGUGUAAUAUGCGGUAAGGCGCCGACGGGCACCGCCAUGGACUUCUACAUCAAUCUUAAGGUGAAUUUCAGAGGAAAUUCCAAAAAUUUCCUCCUGUCGGGAUCCGAGACCAAGAGCUGGGAGUCGAUGGAGGCCAUGGUGAAGCGCUCGUUUGGCCUGUGCAGUCUUCAGCUGACCUACUUUGAUGAGGAGAACGAGGAGGUGUCCAUUAACAGCCAAGUGGACUAUGAGGAGGCAUUGAAGAGUGCAGCGAGGCAGGGGAACCGACUCCACAUGAACGUGUACGAGACUCGAGGCCAGCCGGCGAGGGUCCCAUCCAACAAGGCCAGCGGAACAGAGCCCAAGAGGGGCUUCAGACCCCCGCAGCACUGUCCCGCUCUGGCCCAGGUGGUCAGCCGCAAAGUACAGGCUGCAGUUCCAGAACAGGGCAUGGUGAUGUUGAAAGACAUGAAGGGGACCAAAGAAGAAGACAAGACUCCUCCAGCCUGGUUCACCUCUUACAUGGAGAAGUUUAAGGACCAGGUAGUCCGUGAGGCGGUGGAGAAGAUCUGCCGUGAGUUCUCUGGACAAUGCUGCAUCCACAAGCCUCUGGGAGGAGGAGGAGGAGCAGCGGCAGCAGGAGCAGGAGCAGGAGCAGGAGCAGGAGCAGGAGUUGGUGGAGGUGGAGGUAGAGGGGAGGCAGUAGGAGGAGCGGAGGCCCAGCAGGUCCCCGAGGUUUCCUCCUCCACUCUGCCCGGAGCUCCAUCCUCCUCCACGCCUCCCUGCUCCUCCUGCCGGGGCCAGACCACGGGAGGAGGCUACCAGUGCAGUGUGUGUACUUCCUGUACCCUGUGCGAGCCCUGCAGUUUCUCUCAUGAUCCCAGUCACAACCUGGUGAGAGCCAGAACUCCUCUGUCCAUCCCAGAGCACGGGUCACCUGCCCCAGACCACAGCAGGUUCUACCGGCGAGGCGACCGCAGCUUCAGAAAGGCGGAGAAGCAGCGGCUGAAGGCGGAGAAGCGCCUGCUGAAGGCCGAGGUCAAGGAGAUCCGGAAACAGCUGAGAAUGGAGAGGCGGGGUAUACAGUGGAGCUCCUCCCACAGAGAUGGAAGCUCCUCCCCUGUCCUUCUGCAGCCUCGAGCCACCCAGCACAACAGCCCUGAACGUCCAAAGCGUCCCUGUCCCCUGGUGGUUCCAGCCAUGACGGCUGCCUUUCUGGACGAGAACCUUCCUGAUGGAACCCGACUGCGUCCUGGGACCAAGUUCAUCAAGUACUGGAAGAUGAGGAACACUGGAUCAAUCUGCUGGAGCGCUGACACCAAGCUGAAGUUCAUGUGGGGAAACCUGGCGGUGGGUUCUGGAGACCGUUGGAGAGAAGUGUCUGUUCCCUUCCUCCAGCCAGGACAGGUUGGCAUCGUGAGUGUGGCGCUGUGUGCUCCUGCCGUGGAGGGCUCCUACACCUCCCACUGGCGCCUGGCCCACGGCGGAGAGCAGUUUGGACCCCGGGUCUGGUGCAGCAUCGUGGUCGAUCCUCUGGCCCCAGCGCCCAUGAUGGCUGAUGGGAUACUGGUGUCACCGUGUGUCACGCCUCAGGGUAAGAACCCAGUCGCGAAGGAUGGAAAAGCCUGUGCAGCCAGAGAGCAGCCCCUGAUGUCAGUGGACCAGGAGGAGUACUACAUCCCCUCUGUGGACCUGCUCACUGCCCAGGAUCUUCUAUCUUUUGAGCUGUUGGACAUCAACAUCGUCCAAGAGUUGGAGAGUGUCCCAAACAACACGCCUGCUGACAUGACUCCCUGCAUGUCCCCUCUACCUCAAGAUGGCCACCUGCAGGACAAGGGCAGUACUUCUUUGGCUCUCAUCCAGGAAGAAAGUGAAGUCAUUAAUAGUAUCAUGGAUGUCCCCAAUGGGGCGGGAUCUGGAGCAGACGGAGGCGGAGUCCCAGCUCAAGAGGAAGGGGAGGACGACAUCAGCGGGACUCAGUUUGUUUGCGAGACUGUGAUUCGCUCAAUGACCCUGGAGGAGGCCCCUGACCACACCCCUCUGAGAGUGUCCCGCAAAGGGCCAGUGGUGCGUCCGGCUGCUCAGGGCGGCUCCUCCUCCUCUUCCUCCUACUCCUCCUCCUCUGUGAAGAGUAAAACAGUGAAAUCAGAAGAGAGACCAGACAGCAGCCCCAGCACCUCUAAAAGCCCCCUGAAACCACCGGCUACGCUGAUGGCUUCCCUCCCACCGCCACUGAAAGCCUCCCUGCCGGCUCCACUGUAUGUGGCCUCAACCCUGGGACCCGGCCCCAGCUCAGCCCCAACCCCGCUCAUUGCUCCGCCCAGGUCCUUCACACUGCAGGAGCACUCAACCACAGUUGAAGGUGAGGAAUCCCACACGGAGAACAUCCGUGUGGAGAAGGAGCCAGGGGAGGAGAAGGAGAAGGAGGGAGGGGAGAAGAGAGAUGGGACGAGGAGUCGCUCCUCCUCCACCUCCUCAGAAGAUUACAUCAUCAUCCUCCCUGACUGCUUUGACACCAGUCGGCCACUGGGGGAAUCCAUGUACAGCUCUGCUUUGUCCCAGCCUGGGGACAUCCCAGCCAAGACCCCCACAGACACAGAAACCCCCUCUCCCGACCAACCGGGCAGUUCAACCCCACAGGGGGAGCUUGGUGAGGCAGAAGAAGCUGCGGCGGCUGCAGGGACAGCGAUGUCGGACAACAACAGUGCCAACGACAUGCUUUGUACCUCUCAGACGUUAGACGACGAGCCUCUGACACCUGAAGUGGUGGCACCGCCUCAAGCCAUCACCACACAAAGUCCAGGGAGCAGUGAAGAAACUGAUGUGGACCCUGCCACUGCUGGGGAAGGAGCAGAGGGCUCUGAACUGUACCAAACUGAGGAUGUCUCUGGUCCUGAACAAACUCAGACAGAUGAUGCUGAAGUGACUGAAGACACAGAGGACGACAACCCUGAGGACCCCAGGCACCCAGGCCUCACCAGCGGCCUGGUGAAAGGAGCCUUGUCAGUAGCUGCGUCUGCCUACAAAGCUCUGUUCACUGGACAAGGCCCCACACAGCCUCCAGUGGAUGCAUCCACCCAGGAAACCAUGAUGGCCGUGCUGGUUGAAAUGGGUUUUGGGGACCGGCCACUAAACCAGCGGUUGCUGAAGAAAUAUAACUACAACUUGCUGGACGUGGUCAACGAGCUUGUUCAGAUGACUGACAAUGACUGGUACUCUACACGCUACUGACGAGAAACAGAGAGAGAGAGAGGGGGAGAAAUGUAGAAAGAAGAGAGAAUGAGAUUAAACAAGACAUUCCAGAGGAAAGACUGGAAAAGAGAAAUUCAUUUCUGCUCAUCUACCCUUUUUUUGCCUUCCACCUUCUCCCCCAUCUCUCCUCUGAUUGGUCCAGUUGGAUUGAGAUCGAUCCUCUCUAAGGACACUUAAGGAGACAUUCCAGCUAACUCUCUGGGAUGUACUGGAGCUUCAAACACCCACUGUCUGUAGUGUUACUUUCAGCUUAGGUCUUGAUUGUGGCAGGGCAGCGGCUUUGCAUAGGAAUUUAAGAGGAAUGAGGACAGAGACAAGUUUAUCAAGUCUCAAAAGAGCUAUAUGUAGCAUUUAGCAUUUGCCAAAAGUGAGUCCCACUGCAGCCUGCACUGCUCUAUUUAUAUUGAAAGGCCACUAGUAACAACAAAUAUGUAUUUUAAUGUGACACAACAGGCUAACGUGAAGCUGUACCUUCAAAAACCACCAUGCCCUAAAGUAAUGUAACAUAUUUUACAGCUAAUAUAAAUGAAAUGCUACACAUAGCACAUUCCGGCUUUACCCUUUUACCUGGGACACUGAUAAUAUCCAGUAUUCAGCUCUGCACCAAGAACCAUAGUGGGGAGAUUCACUUCACAGGUCGCUUUGGCGUCACUUAGUUAGAACACGUGUUCACAUGAUAGUAAGUUACAGAUCAGAAAACCACAUUGAAGUUACACCAUCAGCCCAGAGCACUGAUAUACUUUCUUUUAACUGUGUGUUUGUGUGAGCAUGGUGGAUCCCUUCUGUGAUUGGAUCCUCGAAAAAUGAUCACUACACAUUCCAUAAGAUGAAGCUAAGCCAAGGAAGCUAGUCGCUGCUUUUUCCUGGUAUGAUGAAUAAACAAAUAGUAAACUCGUGGAGUGGCGCCAUGUAAAGGCAUGUUUACAUUGUGCAAAAUUCUAAAUCCCAAAUGAAGAUUUUCCAGAGUUGGCCAAGAAUUAUUUGGACCUCACCUGCCUUAGAGUUCAGAUAACAAAGAGCCUGGGUUCUUGCAGAACUCUAGGCCAACUUGAAAUACGGUUAGGGCGGUUCAAAUUUAAUUUGUAAAGAAAAUUUUAAUUUUGUUGAAUUCAUGUGUGGGACACAUUAGAUAUGCAAUGCCAAAGAUGCAAUGUAAUACUUUGCAUUAGUCUGGCAAGGUAGUCUUUGGUUCUUAUCUUGGGUCCGGGUCUCAAAGUUGGCAGUACCAAUUAUGUUUAGUCAGGUCCAGACUCCGAGAUGCAGGUUCCAGGUUCAGGUCUCAGCUCUCGGCCUAUUUUAAAGAGGGUACCAUCUUUUAAAUGUCUACUGUUGUGUUAGGCCAUUAUUGCAAAUAAAUACACAUUGCCAAUUGAUUGCCCUGAGGUGUCAUUGGUAAAUUCACUUACCUGUUACAUAUAUCAGGAUUGUGAUAUAGAAUGACAUCCACGCCUAAAGGCUGCCACUGUAGGCAGCCAAGCAUGUGAACAAUACUGCUUACGUUGGAGCCACAUGUCUAUUUGUUCAUGUUGGUAAAAAGCAAGUAUAUCAUGACCUUUGAGCGGGUACAAAGUGAUUAUCUGUGCUCAUUUAGGUUCAAACAUACAGUAUAGCGUUAUUAAUAUUAUUAUUAUUAUUGUUGUUUUAUGACAUGUCCAUAUCACUGGAGCAUAGAAAGAGUUUCCACACACCUCUCACUGUACUGUAUGCAUAAUCUACCGAAGAUUAGUUGAUGACUACUAAGAAAGCAAAAAAAUUACAAAAAACAUUAUAGUGUUUGCACUUAAAAGCUUGCCAUUCACAGGGACCAUUCAGUCAACAUAAACUGUGUUCCUAAUAUUGACUCUCCCAUCUCACAUUUUCUGGACCUGUUAUUGUUGUUGUAAGCUGGUUCUCACAAUAAGCAUCCUCAGUGUUCCCUGAUGAUCCAAUAAACUCUUUGUUUAUAGGUUUAAAAUGUUAAAAA